CGUGCGUGUAGCGCCGCUUGUAAACGUCUCCUCCCCUGUUUCUGCAGUGUUACUGCUUUCGCUUUUUUGCUCAUCGCUUCUUGUGCCAAUCCUGCCCACACCGCAGGAGUAAGACAAGCCUUCCAUUUGCAUAGCUCCACAACUCCUUCUUCCCCGUCUACCUCCCUGUCUACCUCCAUCCCUCCGCUUGAUGCCCUGGUCUUGGUCCUUGCUCCGUGUGGUUUGCGUCCUCUCGAUUCAUCCAUUCACGCCUACUCUUCGGUGCGAUCCUUGGUUCUUUGCGUUAUCCAGCUCAAACAGGAGUGCGAAGGGAUUUUUUUUCACACUCUGAUUUUUUUUCGGGUUUCAAAAGAAAACAUUUUUUUAUUUAUUUUUUGGUUUACCAAACUGACGAAUGUCAAGAAUUUCUGACCGAUUUAAACAGGAUCCAGUGAGGAUAGAUUCAGCAAUUUAAUUUAUUAUUUUUACGCAUCAACAAUCGCACGUAGUCUGGGGAGGAGAAGGCUGAAUUUGUGGAUUUAGGAAUUGAAAUAAACAUUUAGCCUCGGGGAAGGUGUUACAGUGAUGAUUCAAAAGGGAAAUCAAUGAGAGGAAGAGAUCGGACUGCCGUAAGUUUGCUGAUGUAGGGUAACUGUCAGGAAAAUAUCGAGGAAAGCAGAGUGGGAAGCGACGCGUCAUUUCCAAGAUACCAGCGCAACAAGCCAGGACCAUUACACCAACCCGCUGUGUCGAUGGCACACAGACUGUCUUUCAGCGCUGGGCUGGUGCAGGGUGGCCACGGUGCGACCGGAAUCCAGCUGGGCUUCGGGGCUUUCUAGCAACAUGAGAAAGAAGUUCAUCUCCUGAGGCUACAACUUCUACACAGGGUUGACUCACUGACAACUGCUUUCAGAGAUAUCUUCUAUGAACCGUCAAAUGUGACAUUGUUUGAUCUCCAGCAUUAGAAGACUACAAAUAUGAUCAUGAUUUCGAAAAGGUGUUCCAUGAGUUUGCCACGACCCGUCACACCGUGGAUGUUCAUCACUUUUUUGUUGGUUCUUCUACCUGGAGUCACUCAUUUCUCCCAUGGCAGCUCCGGCUAUGAAGACGCCAGCGACGCUCCGAAAAACUGCUCUAGUGAGGACAACUGUUCAGAGGGCGUGGUGCUCCCCAUGUGGAACCCACAGAACCCUGCGGUUGGUGACAAGGUGGCUCGUGCCAUUGUUUACUUUGCGGCUCUCAUCUAUAUGUUCCUGGGUAUGUCCAUCAUCGCGGAUCGUUUCAUGUCCUCUAUCGAGGUCAUCACCUCUCAGGAAAAAGAGAUCACCAUCAAAAAGCCGAACGGCGAAACGACAACGACCACUGUGCGCAUCUGGAAUGAGACGGUAUCUAACCUGACCUUGAUGGCGCUGGGUUCCUCGGCGCCAGAGAUCCUGCUCUCCGUCAUCGAAGUGGUCGGCCACAACUUUGAAGCCGGAUCUCUGGGUCCGAGCACCAUUGUGGGCAGCGCCGCGUUCAACAUGUUCAUUAUUAUCGCCAUUUGUGUCUACGUGGUGCCAGAAGGCGAGACCCGCAAGAUAAAGCACCUGAGGGUGUUUUUCAUCACUGCAACCUGGAGUGUGUUUGCCUACAUCUGGCUGUACCUCAUCCUAUCUGUGUUCUCCCCCGGAGAGGUGGAGGUCUGGGAGGCAGUCCUCACCUUCCUCUUUUUCCCUCUCUGCGUGCUACAAGCCUGGAUCGCAGACCGCCGCCUGCUCUUCUACAAGUAUGUCCACAAGCGUUACCGCGCCGACAAGACCCGUGGCAUCAUCAUUGAAUCCGAAGGUGACGCCAUGUUCACUAAAAUGGACCUGGAGAUGGACGGGCAGGGUGCGAACUCCCACCCGCACAACAAGGAGGCUUUGGAUGGGAUGCUGGAGGGCGUGGAGGAAGGUGGAGGGACGAGCGCUGAGCAAGACCAAGAGGAGGAGGCCCGCCGGGAGAUGGCACGCACCUUGAAAGACUUAAAACAAAGACAUCCAGACAAAGACAUGGAGCAGCUGAUUGAGAUGGCCAACUACCAAGUGCUGGUCCAGCAGCAGAAGAGCCGGGCCUUCUAUCGCAUUCAAGCCACACGCAUGAUGAUCGGAGCCGGGAACAUCCUGAAAAAGCACGCUGCCGACCAGGCCAGGAAGGUGGUGAGCUGUCAUGAGGCCAGCGGGCAGGAAGAAGAUCCCAACACCAUCUACCUGCAGUUCGAACCCUCUCUCUACCAGUGCUUUGAGAACUGCGGUUCCCUGAAGCUGACAGUGAGCCGCCAUGGGGGAGAGGCUGGCUGCACAGUCAAGGUGGACUACCGGACUGAGGAUGCGACGGCCACUGCAGGCUCAGACUAUGAGUUUGCUGAGGGUACGCUGGUCUUCAAGCCCGGUGAGACGACUAAGGACUUCACCGUCGGAGUGAUAGAUGACGACAUCUUCGAAGAGGACGAGCAUUUCUACGUGCGCCUCAGUAACCCCCGUAUUGUCCACCGAGCCGAGGUCUCCGUCCUGGAGCCCAGCUCCAUCACCUCCAGCAACAGCACGGUCGGCCUCUCCUCGCACGUUCCUCCGAAGGCCGCGCUGGGGAACGCUCCUGUGGCCACCGUCACCAUCUACGACGACGACCACGCUGGCAUUUUCACUUUUGAGAGCAGCUCCACCAGGGUGAGCGAGAGCGUGGGCAACAUGCAGGUAAAGGUGCACAGGACGUCCGGAGCCAGGGGGAAGGUGGCCGUGCCUUACCACACCGUCGAGGGCACCGCCAAAGCCGGGGAGGACUACGAUGACGUUUCCGGCAAGCUGGAGUUUCAGAAUGACGAGACCAUGAAGGUGCUGAACGUUAAGAUCAUCGACGAUGAGGAAUACGAGAAGAACAAGACGUUCACGAUUGUGCUGGAGGAGCCCAUUCUGUUGGAGGUGGGACAGAGACACGGGGACACUAACGACAAUAAAACGGCGGUGGGACCAGAGGACGUGUCAAAGAUGGGCUGCCCUGUUCUAGGAGAGCACACUAAGCUGGAGGUGGUCAUUGAGGAAUCCUAUGAAUUCAAGAGCACGGUGGACAAGCUGAUCAAGAAGACCAACCUGGCGCUGGUGGUGGGGAGCAGCAGCUGGAGGGAGCAGUUUGUCAGCGCUGUCACCGUCAGUGCAGGUGAUGACGAUGAAGAGGAGAGUGGGGAAGAACGUCUGCCUUCCUGUUUUGAUUACAUCAUGCACUUCCUGACGGUUUUCUGGAAAGUUCUCUUUGCUUUUGUCCCCCCAACCGAAUACUGGAACGGCUGGGCCUGCUUCUUUGUCUCCAUUUCCCUUAUCGGCGUUCUGACAGCUGUGACGGGCGACUUGGCCUCGCACUUCGGAUGCACCGUCGGUCUGAAAGACUCAGUCACUGCUGUGGUGUUUGUUGCCCUUGGCACCUCUGUUCCAGACACAUUUGCCAGUAAAGUGGCCGCCAUCCAGGACCAAUAUGCUGACGCCUCCAUCGGGAACGUGACAGGCAGCAACGCUGUGAACGUCUUCCUGGGAAUCGGCGUGGCGUGGACCAUCGCCGCCGUUUACUGGAACUCCAAAGGUCAGACUUUCAAGGUGAACCCUGGCUCGCUGGCGUUCUCCGUCACCCUCUUCACCAUCAUGGCGCUGUUGUGUGUGGUCGUGCUGCUCUACCGCAGGCGCCCCGGCGUUUCGGGCGGCGAGCUUGGGGGCCCACGGACAGCCAAGCUUCUCACAUCCUUCUUGUUCCUCUCCCUCUGGUUCAUCUACAUCCUGUUGUCCUCCUUAGAGGCGUACUGCCAUGUGCCUGGGUUUUAAAUACAAGGCAAAAGCACAGACAUGACUCCUCUUCUUGUUUUUACAGUUUACAGUUUUCUCACUGUUUUUUGUCUAUUUUCACAAGAUUUCUAUCUAUUUGUAUCAUCAGUUAUUAUUGAUACAGCACAAGAUCUAGAUGAUGAUGUAUUUAAGGACUUUGGUUACCACUGACAAUGCUGUGAAAGCUAGCUUUAGCCACUGAAACUAAACUCUUGUCUAAACUUUCUUUUCCUACUCUAAAAUGCUUUAUUUCAUAUGAUAUUUACAGUGCUGUGAAAACGUAUUUACCCCCUUACAGAUUUUUGCUGUUUUUGCUUUUUUUUUUGUCACACUUACGUAUUUUAGACCUGUAAAUAAUUUUUACUAUCAAACAAAGAUAACCCGAGUAAUUGCAAAAAGUUGUUUUUAAUGAUGCUUUCAGUUAUUUAAAAAAAAAGGUUUCCAGACCAACCAAGUCCUGUGUGAAAAGUG